UGCGCGCUACGGUCAAGGUAGGUAUAUAUACAGACGCGUGCAGGAACAGUCACUACACCUACAUUCACCAGUCAGACAGAAGCAGCUCACAGACAAGCAGCAUGGCCUCCAAAACAGCGAAACCAACAAAGCCCACAAAGGCUGCGGCUCCACAAAUAAAACUGUCCAAGGACGAGAUUGAAGAAGCCACCGAAGUGUUUGACCUUUUCGAUUUCUGGGAUGGUCGUGAUGGCGCCGUCGACGCUGCCAAGACCGGCGACAUGUUGUACUGUCUGGGCCUCAACCCUACCAUGACCACCAUCAUGAAGAACGGAGGUGUGGAGAAGUUUGGAGAGAAGAACUACAAACUGGAGGAGUUCCUGCCCAUCUACCAGACCGUCAUGCAGAUCAAGGACACGGGCACCUACGCCGACUUCAUGGAGGCUUUCAAGACAUUCGACAGGGAGGGCCAAGGCUUCAUCUCAUCUGCUGAGCUGAGGCACGUUCUGACAUCUCUGGGAGACAGACUGACCGACACCCAGAUGGACGACAUCAUCAAGUGCACAGACUUGAGAGAGGAUCUGGAAGGCAACGUCAAGUACGAGGACUUCAUCUCCAAGGUCAUGGCCGGACCUCCAACAUAAUCCUCAUGUCAACGCCAUAUAAUUUAUUGUUAGUAAAUUGGUCAUAUGAUCUGAUAUUUUAUCAUUGAAAUUGAAAUUAUUGUCAUUAUAUGAAAUUAGUUGUCACGCAUGCGCUUUGUAGAUUUAAUGUGAAGCUAUUACGUUUGUGAGUUAAUAAGUCAUAUGUCUUGGCAGUUUAUCACACAAAAUUGCUUUGAUUGCACUCAAAUAUGUCGUAAUACGUUUAAGUUCAGAAUCAAAGAUAAAUCUCUGCCACAUCGAGCAUUGUCAUUGUAUGGAAUUAGUUGUCACGCAAGCCUUUUGUAGAUUUAAUAUGAGGCAAUUAGUCUUCAUUUCCCCGUUAUUGACAGCUGGUAUUACUUCUACUCAACCGUUAUUAAUAUAAAUAUAGUUUUGUAUCGUCUAAACGUGCUACUUUUAGUGCGUUGCAAUCAUGCCCGAUUAAUGCUGAACACUAAUUAUGUUGAUGCAUCGCAGACGCUGGAUAUUAAAUUGCUUCAGUAAUAAAUUUAUUCGAACUUAAAUUCUU